CUCAACGCUUAUGCAAAGAGUCAGCCAGACGUACAGGCCAGGAUCGAUGAUGGAACAGAAUUGGUACUGGAGCUUGGCAUCGUAAAAGGUAAUACUAGCAUCAUCAAAUCUUGUGGCUACUAUUUCGUCGAUCACGUGGAGAGGGUGAUAUUUUGGGCACAUCCGUAUACUUGCGAACCAGGUGGUGAGAUUCUGUUCAACGUCAAGGCAGCCAAGAAACUCAGUCACAUAAAAUAUUCGUUAGAAUCUCAAUAUUGGCCAGUGUAUCACUGCGAGCUUUAUCCUCACAACCGAUACCUUCCGAGACAAAUCUUUGAUGAGCUGAGGGAAAUCAUUAUCCAUGCAAACGCAGAGACCAUCACCUCGGAUACAUCACUGGCCCCUUUUGAUGGUAAUGAGCUGGCGAAGAUGCUGGAUCUAAUGGACCGUGUUGAGGGCAGCAUCGAUAAAAUGCAUGCUCAUUCUGUGUGUGUUGUCAAAUACACAAACUUCUGCGGACAACCUGGCGCGCGUGUUGACGCUGACAGAUCAAUCUAUUACAAAGAGGGCCACGAGCGUGAAACACUCAUCUUCAGGCUUUCCAACCUAAUCCUCUGGUAUGGGCCACGCAAGCACUAUAAGCGUAUACAGAGAGUAUGGGUCGACGAGAUCAUCAAUGCCCCGCGCUGGAAAGACUUUAUCACCCAACUAGAUAAGAGUGGGCGGGGUACACGCUCUAUGUAA